AUGGCAGAAAAAGUAGCGGUCAUAGAUAAAGUAAAGCUAAGCCUGGUUUCCUGGUUUGAUAACAAUAAUGGGAAUCUUCUUUCUGCCUACGUUGGUAGUGAGCCUACAACAACAAAAAGGCGUUUAUUCGACAGAAUAAAAAAUAUGUUGACAUACCUUCUUCCCAUGCUCAUUCUGGGGACACCGACAUCUAGCCGAGGUGGUACUCCUAUGCCAGACUCUCCAGUACCCGCUAAAAGAGCACGACAGACCCCAGCUAGACACCACGAUAUGCCUUUGGAUUCGGUACGUUCUGAUACCAUUGGUCAUUAUCCGAUUUGGAAGAAGAACGCCCGGCAGUUAUGCCUAUAUGGUGUGAACUGGCGGUCGAGACACAACCUGCUGCCGUCAGGCACGGGAAGCGGCGAUCGUGCCGUAUCCGAAGCGUUAUCAAAACUACUACUCAAAUACCAGGGUGUGAAUUCCGAUGCGGGGGAUGGUACCAUGAGAGCAUUGGCGUCUGCAGCCAAACUGGUGCCAUACGACAGCGCCCUGUUCGUCGUAACAGAUCGGGGAGCGGCAGACCCUCAAAGAUUGCCGUUAGCUCUCAGAGUUCUCGUCGAGAAGAGACUCAAGGUGUACACAAUAUGGACAGAUCCUCAUCAUCCGUCUGCCGACUCCGAAACAGCUUUACACGAACUGAGAAAUGUCUCGACUCACACAGAAGGAGAUGUACUACCAUAUUCGUUACAAGUUAUGGACAUGGACUCCAGCAAUCUGGCAUCCGAAGCGGAGCUCCAGGAGUGGGAACCUUUAGAGCACGUGCAAACCAGACGCGGGAGGCUCAAUCCCGAAGUGGAACAGGAGAAAUUCGAAAAGUUAACCUCUAGAAACUUCCAGACGCUGCUGGUCAGGCGUGGGGGCGGUGAAGCCAUAUCCCUCGGUGUGCCGGUAGAGAACGGCGUCACAGCCCUCAAGAUAUUCAUAGAGGGAGCGGUGGAGCACGCCGUAUUGUACCCGCCAGAUGACGGGCCACAAAUCGACUUAUACAGCAAAGCUUCAGUGGAAGCGUUCUCCCCAUCAUCAAGAACUAUCGGAUUGAAUCCAAGAGACGUACUGCUGGUCUUCCCUGGAGCCAAUACCACCGAUACGCUGUCCGUCGUGCCCGCGUCAUCGCCGCCGGCCGAUUCGGGAAUGGUCGGCGUCUGGCAUCUGAGCAUUAGAUGUGACACUUGUGAUUACCGUCUCGGCAUUUCGGCCAGAGCGAAACUGCACUUCCGGAUAGAAGACGAACAGCCAGAUAAGCUCAGAUUCCGUACAACAGGACCAGUGUCCAGCAUCUGGGAGUCGGCCCUCAUAGAUGAAUACGGCACAGAGCUAGCCAAACUAUCUUACAGCUACCCACCGAUGGCGAGAGAUACAGACGGCGCAGGAGAAGAUCAGAACAAAGAACUGGUGGCUAAUAUCCAACUGCCAGACGUCAAAGGCUCCAGGGUAUACGCCAAAAUAGCCGGCAGAGAUGUCAAAGGCGACCCGUUCGUUCGUCUCGCGGGACCACUCAGGCAUCAGUCGGAGAUGCGCGCGGGCCGUUCGGCCGCCAUAGCCUUCCCCGAGACCGACAACGAUCUGGAGCUAGUGGAAAUGUCCAACUCGCGACUCUACAGUGAACGACUGCAGUACAACGACACAAAUGUACUUCCGUACAACAGAGCUGUAUCACAGGUGGUGAACCAGAGGGGUGCGCUCCUAACAGCUGUCCAGAUCGGACUAAGUACAAGACUUUAUGGAGCACCUGGAGACAGUUUACAACUACACUUCGAGGUGACCAACUUCAGGGAGCAGACGAUCAACUUCCGUUACGGUGCGGUGGGCGAGCAACGCUUCCUCACUGGGAUCAAUCCAACGAGAAGCAACAUUCCGUCGGGUAGAACUGAAAACAUCAUAGUGGGCGUCACAAUAUCUAACUCAGCUCAGCCUGGGGCGAGGGACUUCAUCACAUUCACAGCAUACGGUCUAGAACAGGUGUCGAUAUCCGCGUACGUGUACGUGAUCAACCCCGGGCAGACGAUGGAGGACGUGUGGGCGCCGGAGGUGCGCCACAACUUCCAGGGCUCGUGCAUCGGCAACACGGGGGAGGACUGCGCGCACCACGUGUGGGCCGCCACCAUCAUAGCCCGGGAUGCGGUGUCAGGUAACUUAACUGUCCGACAUUCGGUGUCAGGUAACUUAACUGUCCGGGAUGCGGUGUCAGGUAACUUAACUGUCCGGGAUGCGGUGUCAGGUAACUUAACUGCCCGGGAUGCGGUGUCAGGUAACUUAACUGUCCGGGAUGCGGUGUCAGGUAACUUAACUGUAACUGCCCGGGAUGAGUUGUCAGAUAACUUAACUGUCCGGGAUGCGGUGUCAGGUAACUUAACUGUCCGGGAUGCGGUGUCAGGUAACUUAACUGUCCGGGAUGCGGUGUCAGGUAACUUAACUGUCCGGGAUGCGGUGUCAGGUAACUUAACUGUCCGAGAUUCGGUGUCAGAUUACUUAACUGUCCGAAAUUCGGUGUCAGGUAACUUAACUGUCCGAGAUGCGGUGUCAGGUCUCCUGCGUCUGUCAUCGUCACCUGUAGGCCUGACUUACGACAGCAACUUCGUGUCCGGCUCCAGGGAGGAGGUGGUGGCCACGUACAGGGCCACUUGCUGCGCCCCAAGACUCGUGGUCACCGCCGUGGACGCUAUGGGGAACGCUAAUAGCCACGUUGUAGACAUAUCAGGAUACAUCACAGGCGCUGGUAUUGCAGCCAUAGUACUCGGGGUUGUACUAGCUAUCGGUCUAAUAGCACUCAUAGUGUUCCUGAUAGCGUUCUGCGUCAGAAGGCGCAGGGAAUCAAGAGAGCUACCGUACUCUACAUCGAGUAGAAACAUAAGUUAAAAAAGAAACAUCUGCCAAUUUAUGGAUGACCCCUAACGCGAUAAACACACAAGUAUUUAUAGACAUAAUAAAUUAUGAUAGUAAAACUUAUUCAAAAUCGUCGUUUCUAUUUUUUUAAUAAAAAAAAUAAGGGUCUUCGCACAUUACACCGACUCAACGUCGACUACACUCCGACUCCACAGGCAAUAUUAUACAUAUUUUACGUUUUUUUCAAUACAAAUUUAAAAUGAAAUAUUUUAUUCUUGCAAUCGGUUUUUUUUAAACUAUGGUUGAUGAUAUUGACUUUCUUAUCAAUUAUUCGGUCUCUAUUGCCACAAUUGUCAUGUCUACUAUUAUUUUAUAUAUAAACAAAAACCGGAGGAUGGAAGUUGAUUGACACGUGCCAAUAUAAUAUCACAAUAUAGUUUAUUAAUUG